CGUAUAAUGUGGGGUGUUUGGCCGGCAUGGCUGUCAGUUGAUUUUCAUAUGUUGAGAAAUUAACAACGGUAUUGGUUGAGGUGACAGAUUACAUACAUACUAUAUGCUCGUGAGAUAAAUUGAAGAACAUUCGAACAACGUAAGACUUAUUAUAUAGCGACAGCGACAAGACAAUUCGUGGUAGUGGUGAAUUAUACAAUAAAAUCAAAUAACUCCAAUCAGCAGCCCAUUGUCAAUGAAAUGCACAUUGUUUUUCUUUGCCCACCAUUAGCGGCUACAUAACAUUAAACCGAGUUUUCGGCUGCAAAAACAAAAAUCACGUAUAUUAUGUAAAGCAGCGGGCUAAUAAAGUGUUCAAGUGCCGACAACUAUUUGUGUUAUACAGUUCUGGAAAUAGUUUGAAGUUCUGAUGAAAUCAAAGUAAAUUUUUUUUCUUCUACCGCUUUGAAUGUCGCAUAUUACGAAUCUAAAAUAAAUAACAAAAACAAAUAAAAAUUACAAGAUAUUGUAAAAAUAGCGUAAAUAUAGAUAAAAAAGCCAUAAAUCGAGCAUUAUUCUGAUUUAUUAACAAAUAAAGGCGAGUAAGUGCUAUUAAUGCGCAGGCAUUGUGGACAAAGUGGUCACAGUUAAGGACAAGCGCGGUCGCUGGCCAGACGAGGCAAGGGCAAAGAAUUUCAGCAGUGCAUAUAGCUGUCUAUAUGUAUAGGUCUAAGUAUAAUUGAAAGCAUUAAAUUGCGCGACGGUUACGAGUGCAAUUUUAUGAACGCGAUUCUCGAAGCAUUGUGCAUUUAAAUUGGAAAUUUCUCGCCAACAAACACGCGCCCUUACGUUGUCCGUUGCUGCAGCGUAUCCCCCAGCCGCCAGCAGCCCUCGACGCGCGAUAUACAGAAAAAGUGCAAGUGAAAAUUUUCCUAAGCACGUUGUCCUCAUCAGCAGCGCCGUAAGAUGUUGACCGUAUCCAAAGGCCCCAGCAAGAUUGUGGCCAAAACACGCAGAGGUGUUCCGCAAAAUUAUGAGAAAUUAUUUGAAAUCAAAGAGAGCGGUCGCAGAUCCUCUGACCUUAAUAGUCCGGAGAAUAAAAGUGCACCACGUCCUGUCUUCAAAAAAUCUGCCUCGAAUGGCCGACACAUAGAAGAGGUCUCAUUAACACCACAGCAUGAGGAGAUUGUGCAAUACAUCAAUGACUCGUGGAACGUCAUUGUGGCGCAUAAUCCUUACGACUCCGCGUUCGAAAGCAACGGCCAUGUGCAACAACCUACGGAUUCCAACAACAACUCUGCAGGUUCUUCCAUCGCAUCCACCUCAACAUCAUCGGCCGCCUCAUCGGUGUGCACCUCGCCGCAACCGACCGCAUCGAUCUAUUGCAUCGAACCGCCGAGCCCAGUGUUGAGCGACUUCAAGCCUUUCGAUUUGGUGACUUGGUGGUAUGAUCGCCUCUGUGAUGUCAAGAGCACGUGAAGUGUGACGACGAACUAAAGCUAGCGAGAGAGUGUGAGUGAGCGCGUGAAUGUGUGCGUUUAAGUGUGCGUGUGUGCGUGUGUGGGUGAGAAUGUGACGUAAAUGUACAACGAAGUGCUAUUGAGUAAAACGAAAACAAGCUUAGACACAUAAAUACAAAUAAUUUACAACCAAAAAAGUGGCAGCAAGCGAAAUUUCGUGCAUAAACACGCAAACCGCAAACAAUUUAAGCAAAUCAUAAACAAUUGUGAAUUGUCAUCACCUGCGUCAGACAGUCGUCGUCGUCGGCGCCGAAAUGCAGUGUAAUUAACAUACAUACAUACGUAAAUAGAAAUGCAUAUGCAUGCAGGCUAUACAUACACACUUACAGAUAUGUGUAAAAUAAUUAAUUUUUAAUUAAGUUUUAUGUUUAUAUUUACGGCAGAUAUGUUUGCUCGUUUUUUUAAUUAGCUGUUACAGUACUAAAGUAAUAAAUAUUGCAUAAUAAAUAUAUUUAAAUUUUUAUAAUAAUUUAGAAACUCAACAAAUUACAAUCCUAAUAGUUAUAAUAUAUGUACAUAAUAUAUAUGUAUAUUAUUAACGAAAAUAUUAAAACAAUUUAAAUUAAAUUUCAAUAGGCACAUUUUAUUAGCAAGCACUGUAGUUACGCUCAAACGAAUAGAUAAGUAAAAUAUUUGUUAUAAAAUAAUAACAGAAUUGCUGUGAGAACUCGAGACGUAUGAUAUAUAAGAAAUUUCACUGACGAAAAAAUUAUAUAUUGUAACAAAAUUCAAAUUUGUAGUUUGUGAAAAAGCUCUGUGACAUUACUAUUGCUGAAAUAAGCGCCAAACGUAGACAAGUAACGCAAAAAAUACUAUCUUUUACUGAUUUUUACCCUUAGUUUAAAAAAAACUUCAAUAGUUAAAAAACUCACCACGAAAAAAUUCACCACAAACAAUUUCACCACGAAAUAAAAUUCACCACAAAAAAAAUUCACCACGAAAGAAAUUUCAUAACGAUAGAAAAUUCACAACUAAAGAAAUUUUAGCACGAAAGAAAAUUUACCAUGAAAGAAAAUUCACCACGAAAGCAAAUUCACCAACAAUUGUGAACAAAAAUUUUUAAAACGAAAGUAGACUUUUCUUACUCCGCUAUAUUGUAUUGAAAUGUUAAGAAGAAAUCACAUUUAUAUAGUCAAAAGAAAUCUUACACUGUGGAAAAAAGUAUAGCAUUAACUAUGAACGGAACAAAAAUAACAUUUUUACAGUUAAAAAAAUAUUACGCUGUGGAAAAAGUAUAGCACUAACUACAAACCAAACAAAAAUCACAUUUCUACAGUUAAAACAAUAUUACGCCGUGAGAAAAUCAUAGCAGUAAACUGCAAUAUUUGUUAAAACUAUUUGACCGACAUUAGUUACACUUUGAGAUACACUGUAGGUACAUAUAUAGAGUCCGGCCAAAAAUUGUUAGCCACUGCUUAAGCAUCCUGUAGGACACGCAGUUUAACCUUUACUUCUUUGCUAUAAUACGUUAUAGCAAUUUUACAGUUAACGCCAGCUGUUGUGAAGACACUUUGAAGGCCAAUGUAUUACAUAGGAGAUGUUAAAUUUGCUGUUAUGAGAUCAACAAACUGUUUUUAAGGAAAUGUUAAAGAAAAUGCAUAUAUGUAUGUAUGUAUUUGUAAAGAGAUAUUGUUGAGUGUAAAAUGUUUAUUAAAUAAAAAUAUGAAAAUAUUGUUUGCCAUUUAUUUAAGAGCACGGAAACUGCAACUACCAACUCCAACUACACAAAAAUAAAACAAAAAAUUUAAUGUUUUUUAAGUUAAAAAAAAAUCGCCGAAAGGAUGAAUAUGAAAUUUUUUUAACAAAAAUUUGUAACAAUUGUAUAUUUUAUAGGCAAUUGGUUGUUAUUGAUAAAAAUAAUUCUAUUUAGUUGUUCUUGGCGUACUUACUUUAUAUUUAAAAAAUAUUGGCACAAAGCAAAUUCGCACAAAUUAAUUAAUAAUUUUUUUUUGAUUUUGUUCUUUUUAUUUUGAAACUCGGCUUUACAAAUAUGGGUGUAUGUAUGUAUAAAAAUACGUAUGCAUUUGUAUAAAAAUUGUGUAUUCGAAAUUUUUCUAAAGAAAAAAUUUAAAAUUCUUCAUCCAAUAGGCGUGUACAUUUUUUUUAAUUUUCAAAAAAAAUAGUUUGUUAAAGAAAAUACAAAACUGUUCAUUGAAUUGACGCCUAAUUAAUUCUGUGUUAACAAAUUUUCGGAAAAUUAGAGUUUAGUUUUUCAAAAACGCAUACAAAAUUUUUUUCAUCCAAUCGACGUAUAAUAAUUUCUUCCUGUAAAUAUUUAAAAAAACUAUAUAUCAACUAGCAAGACUAAGAAAAUGCAGCUAUUAAGAUUUUCAUCUAAUCGACGUAUACUUAAUGCUACACUGUAUUGUGGAAUAAAUAAUAAUGCUAUUACAAUGCUUUUUAUUACUUAAUAAGCAUCAUUGAAGCGUGAACCCAUAUUUUGAAUAUAAAUUUUAUGAAAAAUAACCCAAAAAUUUAUCCAAAAAAAUAAUCAAAAAUUACACAAAAAAAAUUCCAAAAAAAAAACUAAACAAAAACUGAACUACUAAAAUGAACUUGCCUUACAAUUUUUUUUAAUUUUCUUUAAAUAAUUUACUUCUUGAAUUGUCAAGCUUUGCUUGUUUGAACAGACAAUAAUAUUAGUAGGUAAUAAGGCGGUGCAAACAAGUUGAAGCACACAAAUAUUAUUUAAAUAUAUUAAUUAAAAAAUAUUAAGAAAAUUUUAAGAAAAUUAGUAAAAAGAAAUCAAUUAACGAAUGCAUUUUACGUGGGCAAGCGUUGGAUGUAGUGGAUGACAGAUUAAACCUAGAGAAGUUACGCUAGAAAAGUAACAAAUUAAAUAUCAUAAAGAAAGCAAUUAAUAACAUUUAAUUUGAACUGAUAUGCUAGCUAUGAAUAAGUCACAAAAACAACGUGUAAACUUUAAAAUAUUUGUUAGAAAGCUAAAUUACGAAAAUACUUCUAAAGGACGUAUGAAGGUUUAUAUAGAGCCCGAUUUAGAUAUCUUUAUGUCAUUAAAAUUCUGCGUUAAUAAUAAUUACAUAACUGUGCACUUAUUGGAGAUUUUGAAAUGCUGUAAAUAAAGUAAAGUACAAUAACAAUUUUUUUUUUUUUUAAAGAAAUGAAUUUAUAAAUGACUGCAUGCUAUCGUGAGUUUUAUUGUAGACGGAGCAGACAAGUUAUAUAUAUAAAUUCACCAUAAUUUACCAAAGCAAACUAGCUGAUAACCAGCAGCAAAAGUGAAAAUGAAAAAAAAAACAAAAACUUAGCGUUCUGAAUAUGAUAAAAUGUUGAUAACUACUGAUGAAAUAUGUAGAUGAUGUUUACUAACAAAUUUAUAAAGCGUGUAAUUAUGAGAAUAUUAAAAAAUAACUGUUAAAAAUGUUGUUAGCAUUAAACAUGGCAGCUAUUACAAGAGAGAAGCGAAAGAAAAGUGAAAAUUUUCUGCAUAUUUAAAACAUGCAUCUAAAGGAUGUACACCAAAAUUUAGGCUAAUUAUUUGGAUGAAUGUGAAACAUUAAAAAAAUAUUUUCUUUGAGCGUACAAAGAUUAUAUAUUUCAAUAUCAUACGGCAUGAAAAUUGAGUCAAAUUUCGAAAGGCCGAAAAAUUAGAGACGAUCGUUUGUUUAACGCUAAAUUUCAUUUCUAAAUAUAACUAGGCAUAAUUUUUUUGUAUAUCUCAAAUUUCAUCGAAAGGACGAACUAUUUCAUUUUAUACAAAAGGCACGAAAAUUAUGUAAAAUCAGCGUUAAAAUCAAUUUCUAAGCAUAACUCAAAAUAAACUAAUAAUUUCGUCGAAAGGACGAACUAGUUCAUUAUACACAAACGUCGUUUAUGCACGUUAAAAUGAGUUUCUAUGUUAAAACUAUUUUCUAAGCUUAACUAAGCAUACAUUUUUUGUAUAACUCAAGUUUCAUCGAAAAGACGAACUAGUUCAUUUUACACAAAAGGUACGAUAAUUAUGUAAAAUUAGCGUUAAAAUCAAUUUCUAAGCAUAACUCAAAAUAAAUUUUUUCCAUAUCUCAAAUUUCAUCGAAAGGACGAAAUAGUUCAUUAAACAUUGUUUGCAAAAAAUUUAACAAGCUGUUCGAGUUUUCCACGUUAGCAUUAAUUUUUAUGCGCUAAUAAAUGUUCAUCGAAGCGAUGAACUCGUUUAAUAUACGUAAACUAUACAACUAAAAUGACUUUUAGCUGUGAAAGAGUUGAGAAUAUACAUUUUUAAAGCAACUUGAAUGCCUGCAUCCUGAACUUAUUUGUUAGAAAAGCUGCUUGAAAGCAUAAGUUAUAAAAAAUGUAUAAAUGUAAGCAAGAAAUACAAAUUAUUUUAAUCAAAUACAUAAAUUUUGCUGCAUAAAAAUAGCAUAAGAAACAGAAAGUUAGUGCAAAUUGACGAAAACAUGCUUCCAUUAAAUAUGUUUUGGCUUGAAAGAGUACCUACUGUUACGACUAACCAGUGAAACUAGCAAUUACCUUUAUAUAAGCAAUUAGCUUAAGAUAUUUACAGUUGCACAAUUGAGGCAAUGGAACAAAUUUUACUAUAUGUUGCAAGAACAAGUGGCAUGUUGCAUAAAAUAUGAAUUACUAAAGCAAACAAAUGCAUACAUUUGUUGAGAGAUCUUAAUAAUAUUUAUAUGACUGUAACGUAUGACGAAAAUGUACACAAAGCAAAUGUGAAAAAAGAAUAAAAAAAAAUAUAGAAAAAGAAAUAACAAUAAAAAAUUAAAUAAAAUAGUAGCAAAAAUAAAAAUACUUUAAGCAAAAAUACAAAUUGUAAACGAAAGCAGCUGCAAGAAAAAAUAACUGAAAAUGUCAUAGAUGCAAGCAUCAGCAACAAGUGCAUCACGUCUAAAGUAAAAUACAAAAAACAGUUGACAAAAAUGAGCAA